AUUUUUUACCAAGAAAUUAUAAGAGACUGAUUAAAAAGUUUUUAACAAAUAAAUAUUUCACAUUUUUGUGUCUUAUUUAUGGAAAUUUCGUAUUUUUUCUCCUUCUAUUCGCAAAAAGACGACAAAGUUCGAAGAUAGGAAGGGAAGAGGAAGGGUAAAGGAACCAAAAAUUAAGGAAUAAUGUCAUGGCUCUAACAUACGAGAAUGAUGCGAUAACGGAUAUUAAUUUAACGGAUAAUUUUGAGCAAGGUCCUGAACCUAUUACUAAAGAAUCAACAGAAGUUAUUCAAGGGGAAGUUGUUAAGUGUUACGCUGAUAAAAUAUCCUUCCAACCGGUUUGUAAAAAUAACCUUCUUAUUUUCUCUAAUUACAAGACAUGUCCUAGUUCAAGAUUUUCACACUGUAAUACUUAGUACAAAAGUAGGUUAAGUUUUUAAUUUUUUAAAGCUGUCUACUUAUUUUUUUAACCUUUAAAAAUAACUUUUUCUUAUUUCCGUUUCUCUGCUUUUUUUUCUUUUACAGUCAAACGUUCAUAAGAGAGAAAUGGAGAAACAAGUUGAAAUUAGAAGAAAUUCGAAUUCUAGAAGAGAUCUGUCUUGUUGUAUUAUUCUUUAACAAGAAAAUUGUUUUUAAAACAUUUUUUGUUUAGUUACUAUGGAGAUAGAUAUAGAUAAAGUUUUUUUAAUACAUAAGAGAUUUUAUGAAAUAUAUGCUAUAGAAACUCUAUCCUAAACUUGAUUAAGCAGUAAUAGGUGGAUAUUUAAGUUAAUUAGGUCCGAGUUUUGUGUUUUUACUUGACGUAUAUAGUUUGAUUUUUUUUUUAAUAUAAAAGAAUACAUUUAAACUUCUGCAUAAAUGGAAAAAAUAAAACCGGUAAAUUAUUCGAGUUUGUUUUAAUGACCCAAAUUAACCGGUUACCUUGCUAUGACAACAAUCAUAUCCUGGUAACGAGCGCCUUAGCGACAAGCGUCGGCGAUAGUGUUUCUCGUUCUUAAGCGAUUGAAAGUGUGUCUAAUUUUUUAUUUAGAAGAAAACCAGUGCUAGAUAUGGCAACUGCAUCAAUAAAUCCGGCUCUGGCUGCUUCUGAAGCCUUACCUAACAAACCAAAUGGUGUUAGAGAUUUCGACGUUUGCUAUUCUGGAAACGUCGGUAACGACAUGGGUAUUUCUACUAUGGGCUACCGAUCCCAAAAGUACAAUCCACCAGAGUGGCAUGAGCACAACUAUUCAAAAUAUUACCAAUCUUUUGCUAAUCUACAUAAUGCUGAGAAUACCAGACACGAAGGUAAUAGGACAAUUAAGGAAACUGAUGCCCAAACAGUAAAUACCCAAAAUGACGUUACCAAGAAGUUAGCGGAACGUAGUAAGGAUAUAAACUUUUGGAAAACUGAGCUGGAGAGGGAAAUAUCCGACUUGAUCUCCGAAACCGACAUGUUGGUCGACCAGAGGAAAAGAUUGGAACUUGCUUUAAGAUCGACUGAAAUCCCUCUACACAUUUCAACGGAUAAUUUAAAUUGCCGAGCUCGUAGACAAGGUAUCGACCUUGUUCAAGAUCCAGUUGAGUUAAACUUAUUGAAGGAAGUGGAGGUUAUCAAUAACGUACAAGAUUUAUUGAAAAGGACCAUAAAGGAAACUGACGAGCAGAUAAAGCGUAAUCGAGACCGUAAAAGAGAGUUAGAAAUGGAUUGGAGCGAUAAGAAAGAAGCUUUCGAAAUUGAUACAGCAAUGGCUUGCUUGAGAAAUGAACAUACAAAUAAGCAAUUUUACGCUGGUUCCGCCCAAUUCCAAGCGGUUCAGUCGACACCCGAAAGCUGGGCUCAGUUCACACACGACAAUAUAACUAGGGCAGAGCACGAAAGAAUGGCUUCAAUCCAGCUGAGAUCACUUGUCGACAAUGUCUUACAAGAUACGUCUCGCGAUAUGCGUGAACAAGCCGACGCAGUAGAUGUCUCAUUCAAGAGAAGAACGGAUGAGGUUCACGAUGCCCUGCAUAAACUACAAGAUAACCUUAAAAAAGUAUCUGACGAUAUUGUAAGACAACAAAACAAGAUAGCCGAUCUUAAAAAGAAGAUUAAAGAGAAGGAAGAUCCUAUGAAGGUUGCCCAAACCAGACUUCAUAGUAGGGAAUAUAGGCCUGGAGUUGAAUUGUGUAGAGAUCCCGUUCAGUACGCUCUCGUAAACGAAGUUCACGAGAUCGCUGGCUCUGUUGAUGCUCUAAUGCAACGCUUAAACGAUGCCGAAAAUGGUCUAAAAGAUCUUCAAGAUAACAGGAUGCUUCUAGAGAAGGAAAUUUCUAUCAAGAAAAACACUCUCUUUAUCGAUAGAGAGAAAUGUAUGACCACCCGUACAAGAUAUCCAUCUACAUUGCAGCUCCAAGGAUACCAAGGACCUCGUUAAGAACAUCAAUUUUAAUCACAUUGCUGCACCGGUUUUAUUUUUAUUCCGUUAUAACGUGAUCCUUUGAAAAAGAAAACGAACUAAAUUUCCAAUACAGUAUUUUCAACAAUCUUGGAAUGAAACUAUAUUUUUAAUUAUCCAAAGAAUAAAAUUUCAUUU